UUCAAGGCGCCCAAUCCCAAUCGCCGCUACAACAUUACUAGAGUAGAACACAUUGCCGCCGAGUGUUCUGACGAGUACAUGAAGGUAGUGGUCCGCUUUAACGGCACCUUCACCGGUCUAGUCUACAGCUCUGGCUACGUUCAUGAUCCCAACUGCAUCUACGUCAAUGGUUCCGGUCGCAGUUACUACGAAUUCUUCAUUCGCUUGAAUCAGUGCGGCACUCUGGGUCGUCAAGAGAUGUACCACCCGACGAUGCCUGGAGAGGCCAGAUUGAUGUGGAACACACUGUCAAUUCAGUACAACGCCAUGAUAGAGGAGGAAUUUGAUGAACACUUUCGACUGACUUGCGAGUACGGCAGCGACUUCUGGAAGACGGUCACCUUUCCCUCUGUCAAUGUAGAAAUCAACACCGGCAGUCCUGUGGUGUUUACCGUAAACCCACCGCAGUGUCAAAUGGAAAUUCGCAGGGGAUUCGGCAUCGCCGGCUCUCGCACUUCAGGUUCCGUUACAGUGGGCGAUCCUUUGACACUGCUGAUACAUAUGAAAAGCGAAAAAGCGGGAUUCGACAUUCUGGUGAAAAAUUGCGUCGCUCACAAUGGCGCUCAGCAGCGAAUGCAGCUCAUUGACUCCAAUGG